UAUUUGUGCCUUUAUCUUAUUGGUCAAUUGAUAUUUUAUUUAUCUUCGACAUCUUUUCUUUGUGGAUAUGAUCAAACAUUUACAGAUCGUUUUUGGUGAAGCCCACAACGGCAGAAUUUUCACGAUAGCAUGAACGCUCACUGGUUGCUGAUUCUCUUUACCUGUCAAGUGCGAAUUCAGAUUCAACAUUGUUGAAUUUAUGCUGGGGCACUUUUAGCUACCUUCUACUUCCUGCAAAGAUGGAAAAAUUUAAGGCUGCAUGCAUUGGCUUCAGUCUUGAUUGUGGGCCACGAUUGGUUGUAUGCUCAACUUUCCAGGAACUCUCAAUUAGGCCUCACUUGGUCUCACAUUGUAAUAGGCCAUUUUUGAAACUUCAAGUAAAAUCUCAAGCAACUAAUGAUAGCUUGCAAAAUAGCAUCUCCACAGAACCCAAAUGGAAAGAGAAGCUUGCUGCUGCUGAUGAAAAUGCACAGAGAAUGCGUCUCCAGAGUCAGCAGGUUCAUGAAGAAUAUAAAAGACGAAUAGCAACAUUACAAAGAGAAAAUCUGCAGGGACCAAAAAAUGCAUGUUCUUUAGAGGAGUUGGAAUUUAUCUCCUAUUUGGAUGAUGAAGGUUUGAUUGUAGACAAAAGUGCAUCUGAUGCAAAGGCAAGCGUGUAUGCAAUUUUUGACCAAAACAGAACAUUGCAAUAUGUCGGAAUCUCAAGACAGGUAUACUUGAGCAUGAAGCUUCAUUUUGCACGUGUGCCAUCAAAGUGCUAUUUUGUAAAAAUUCAUCAUUUGAACAAGCCUAAUCGUGCUCUUUUGGAGUGUAUUAAAGAAAAGUGGAUUGAAGAGAAUGGUCUGUUACCCAGUGGUAAUGACAAUGGUCCUCAACAAAAAAUUUGGGAAAAUCCUCUUGACUGCAAACCUUUGAUGACAGAAGAAGAGAAUAAGUUGUUGGAAACUGAUCCUGGUACUCAACAGGCCAAAAUUUUGAAGAAUGUCGCUAGAAGAAUAGAAAAAGAACUUGAUGCCACAUACAAAGAGCGUAAUUGUAACGAAAAGUUUUGGUUUGAUCCUAAACUAAAGGAGAAGGGUUUACUAGAAUUGCGAAAUAAAAAGCCAAACCAAUCUGUGCCUACUUCCGUUCCAAAACCUAAAUCUGCAUCUUAAGUGUCUUAUUUUUAAUUGUAUUGAAGUUUUCCCAUGACAUGCUAGAUGUAAUGUCUAAAUUAAAAAUGAAUAAUAAAGUUAUAGAUCUUUCAAA